GCCUCGGGGUUACGGCCAUGCUCCGCACUUUGGGCCACUUGGGCCGCUCGUUCAGGCCUCCAGUCGCUGCUCCAUCUUUACCGCUGUUGCUGCCGCCCACACGGGGACGUAAGAGCCGCCAUGACCCGCCCUCCAAGUCCAAGAUCGGGCGCUUGCGAACCCCGACCCCCGUGGACCCCGCUGAGAUGUACAUGCUAAUGGAGCGUUACAAGAGUUACAGACAGACUGUGCGAGCACUCAGGCUUGAGUUCAUGGAAGAGGUUUGGAGAAAAGCGUAUGACCAGAAGUUUGGGAGACUGAAAGCCAUACAGGAUUCUGAGGAACACAAGCAGCUCAUGGCCUGGAACCAAGCAGAGAAUGCUCGGCUGCAGGCACUGAGGAUCUCAAGGCUUCAGCGGCAAGAGCAGGAGCAGAAGCGGCUCCGGGAGCUGGAGGAGAUGCAGAAGGCCCAGGAAAUGGAAGCUUUUGUCCAAGAGAAGGAGAGAGAAGUUCUACAGUUGCAGGAAGAUGUGAAAACAUUCAUUACUCAGGAUAACUUAGAGGAGAAGAUUGAAGCUGCCCUCAACAAUCCUCAAAACUACAACUGGGCCCUUACCAAGGAGGGCCGCGUGAUUCGACCACCUGGCGAGACUUAGGGCUGCCAGGAGCAGCCACUGCCAGGGCCCCUGUCUCCUCCGUCCCACCACCGCUUCCAGGUUUUAUCUGGCCUCCUUGCUCCUUAUUGAUAAAUAAGGAAGAAGCAGGUAUAGAAUAAAGGGAUGAUGCCUCUUUUGUGA